CAACAGGGCUGCUGCGACGCAUAUUUAUCUGAUUGCUGCGGUCGUCCCGACCCUUCCAAGCUAAAGGUUUUGUGGCCCACCCUGUUCUAGCUUACACAAGUGAUACCUACUCCGUACAUACCAACCUUACCCAAGAUUCUACCACCAACCACACAAUGCAAGCCGCAGUCAACUGGCCUCAGAAGUACCACCCGGGUACAACCGAAAACUUCGUCUCCAACGAGGUCUACGUUCCCGGUACCACCGUCGAGCGCGUCUGGGACUACCUGGCCACCAUCACCAAAUGGGAGUCCUACUACGAUAACGUGGGCCAGAUCACCCCGCCAAGCUCCGGCCCUGUGCUGCACGAAGGGGACAAAUUCUCAUUCUCCACCUUCGGAUUCCCCCCGCUCCAGGCCGAAGUGCACGAGUCGGUGCCGCCCACAGACAACAAGCCGGGAAGACUCGCGUGGCGCGCCUGGCAGGAGGGCGACGAGGACACCGCGCUGGAUAUUUACCAUGCGUGGAUCGUGGAGAAGACCGAAUGGGGGGUGAUCCGCAUCCUGACGCAGGAGUCGCAGAUCGGGAAGCCCGCCGCGCAGCUGGCGACGCAGAAGCCGAACCCGAUGUUGAACGGGCACCAAGCGUGGCUGGAUGGGUUGGCGGAGAUUGCGCGGUCGGGUUGAUGGUGACAGAGCGCAUGAUGGGUUUUGUGCUUGUUGACCAUGUUGGCCGUCUGGUAUCUACACUGCGCUCAGACCGUGCCUUCAUAGAUGUUCCAAUCUAAAUAAUGUGUAGUAGGAUCAUUGUGUUGUGAUUCUUGCUGUAUCCGUGUUUCAGAAUGUAAUCGUUCUUCAUGUCUAAAACAAUCGUCUCUAUUGGGUCUGAACA